AUGAAUGUCGGUGAGAAAUUGACUCUAAACAUACGAAUAAAUAAAUAAUCAAAUUUUUGAUUUUACAGAAACCCCAGGAAGAAAGUAUUCGUUAGGUCCUUUGCCAUCGCUGCCUUUGACUAAAUCAACACCGUCGUCAUUACAUACAGCGCACAAAACAUCAAUUCGUCGAUUUUCUCUCGCUACAACAUUUCUCGAGACAUCACAAAGAAGAAGAUCAAUUUUAGACGGUAAUUGAAAUUUAGAAAAAACUGAAACAGAGGGAAAAUAUUUUUAUCUUGAUGAAAAUAAUUAUAAAAAUAAAAUGUAUCAAAUUUGGAUGGUUAUCAGUAUUCGAAAUGUUUGCAUUAUGCCUAAUAGUUUCUUCGUCAUAAUCAAACUUUUAUAGUUUUCAAAUAUUUUCGAAUGUGUGUCAUGUUUUCUGCUCGUUUUCUCAAUCAUAUUUCCUUUUCCAACAUUUUUUCUAUAUUUAGAAAAUGUCAAAUUUACGCAAAACUGUUUCUCUUAAACUGAAAUCGAAACCUGAAAAAUUAUUACCUACGAGAAGAAUUUCUGCUUUGGCAUUAGAAACAAAAAGGAAUUCACGAAAAUCAAUUUGGAGUAUUGCUGAAGAAAAGGGUAUUUUUGAAAUAUAAAAUAAAAAUCAAUUAAUAUUAUUUCAUCAUUUUAAUUAUCAAUAUUUUCAGAGGGAUUCUAUAUCGAUAAGAAAGCAGAGGAAUCAAAUCCUGAUUGGCUUGAUUUCAGUAGUUGUUCGUCUGAAAUACCUUUUAUUGAAGUUCCACAACCUGAUUCAAGUGAAGCGGCAAAACGUUAGUAUUUUAAUUUUUUUAAGUCUUAAGAAAAACAAAUAUAUAUAUUUUUUAGGCCGUCGAAUGGUUCGAGCGAUGAGAGUCGUUGUAGUUGGAGCUAAAAAAGUUGGAAAAACUGCCAUUUUACGCCAAGUUGCUUGUAUUGAAGAUAUCACAGAAAAGGUUAGUUGUAAUUUAAUUUAUAUAAUUCAAAAAAUCAUUAAUAUUCAGCCAUAUGAACCAACAAUCGAGGAUACAUAUCAAGUAAUGUUAGAAGAACCAGAUAAAGCAAGAGAAACAUUGGUUUUACAUGAUACAGCUGGAAUUUCAAAUUAUGGAACUGUUGAAUUGAAAAAAGCAUAUGUUCAAGUUGCUGAUGCUUUUGUUUUGGUUUAUUCUUCAGCUGAUUAUGAAUCAUUUAAUCGAAUGGAUUUAUUGAAAAAAUGGAUUGAUCGACAAUUUGGAAAGGAUAAAAAAGAAGUACCAAUUGUUGUUUUGGCAAAUAUGAAAGAUAAGCAAUCGACUGUGGAUAGUGCUUUUGCACAAAGUUGGGCAGCAAGAGAAAAAGGUUUGUCUCUUGGGAAUAUUUUAAUUUGACUUACGAAAUUAUUACUUAACUUUAACACAUCGGUAAUUUAUUAAAAAAUAUUAUAUCACUAUCAGAAAUAUUUGAAUGGUUCUGAAACCACAUGAACUUUUGAAUUAGAAUCGCAAAAAAGCAAAGCUUCCAUAAAUAAGACAUAUUUUUUAAUUACAAAAAAUCAAAUUUUCAAUACAAAACUAAAUUCUAAUUGCUACGUACCAUUGAAAAAGUUCACGUUUUCUCCUGAAUUCUUUAUAAUUUUCAAAUCAAAAAAUUUACUAACACAAACCAUCAACUCACAAUUCACAUUUCAAUUGAACUCUGGAAAAUUUCAGUCAAACUAUUCGAAGUAUCAGCAAAAGAUCGUGAAACUUUGUUCGAAUUUAUACAUUAUGUCGGUCGUCGUCAUUUUCAUCCAUCGAGUAAGAUUUUUAUCAAAAAACCGAGUUUUUAAAGUCAAACUUUUUUCAGAAGAAAAGUUUUCAAUCUCGAAAAAAUUAAAGUCCGAAAAAUCAGCAAAUCCAGCAAUAUUAAUGGAUUUCUAA